AUGCCUGCUCUUGUCAUCCAUGACACGGGACUGACGAGAGGCUGGCAUUCACUGGCGAUGCUUCCCCCUCUCCUGCACUCUAUAUUGCCCGUUUGGGGGUGCCAGUGGGAUGCUAGUGGCAUGUUGCAACUCGAACAUCUCCUUCCGGAACCCACCCCUGGCCGCACAAUUCGACAAAGGGACCAGUCGGUGUCGAAUAUCGCCAUCGCAGGACGUGUAGCCGGCUGGCUGGGUCCCAUCCUCCUCCUGCGGCAUGCCCAGAUCGGGACAUACUCGUCGAGUGCUGGGCCCAAGAAAGUCGAACGUGUGGCGUCGAGCAAGAUUUCCAGCAACAAGACCGGCAUGUUCGGGAGGGGUGGGCGGGAUCUUUUAUUGAUGGGCAGACAGUCAGCCACUGAGGGAGUUGAGACAAGAGAAGAACGCCUCCAGCAGCGCGCUUGUGUGUUUCAUGUUUCCUUGUGGCCAAGCUGA